CCCGCGCACCGCCCGCUGCGUCCCUUUGCCUUGUGGAGGCCGUGGCGAGCGGAGCCGCCCGUGGGCUGCCCAGGCCCAGCGCUGCCGGUGUGCCCUCUUUCUCCCUGACCUUGCAGGAGCUAAAAAAAUGAGGACAAGGAAGCCUCCCUGCCCAGUAGAAAAAGUGUGGGUAGACAAGCACAAAUAUGAUGAAGCAGAGAGACUGCAUUACGAAAGAGAAGCGAUGCUGGCUGCUGCGGCCCCGGAGGAGUGCCAGGAGGUAGAGGCUGUAAACGGAGUCUGCAACGAUGACUCUGUUGAAAGUGAGUUCAAGGGAGACCUGAAGAGAGCAAGGAAUGGAAAGAAGCAGAGGAAACGGAAGCGUUCUCCGAAACCCAAAAACGCGGCCGCCAAGUUAGACUCUAUUCUGGCUGGUUUGGUAUCUGACCAUGUGUGGUUUGACAAGCCCCUCUAUGAUCACGCUGAGAAUGUGUACAGGAAAAGAAUGGUGGAUUGUCAGAACCAGGAGGCACCCGAGGCUCCACUAACUGCUGAGCAAUCCCCUUUAGCGGCCAGGUCAAAAGCUGUCCAAGAUGUCCCCAAGCCAAGGAUGCUUUCAGCAGCCCUGUCCUGCUCCCAUGGUAGUCUGUCCGCCUGUCACCACGUUGUUCAGGGCGUCUGGGUCAACAAGCUUGACUUUGAUAAGGCCGAGGAGGUGUUUAUUGAAAAAUCUCAGUUCUUUGUUCCUCCAAAUGUCCUAGCCAUCCCGUCUGUGCGGUCAAGUGCUGGCAACGUGGGGCUGAGGACGCCGGAUGAGGGCUACGUUACAGCCCUGCCUACUCCUGCUACGCCAAGCUUAGCUCCAGAUGUCGUCGCUGAUUCCGCUGCUUCCCUUGUUACCGGUUUGCUUGGCUCCGUACACCAGACAGUAAACGGUAAGCCGCAGAUUUCAAGCUUGCAGGCUCUCAUGUCGGAGGUGUGGUUAGAGAAACCCCUUUAUGAUGAUGCCGAGAAGAGCUUCUACGAGAACAUGUUUGACGGCCAUCCGUCGGGUAAAGUCAGACAGCAGCAACGCGGCGGCCCCGGAGCGUUGAAGACCCACCGUGCUGGGAAGCAAACGGCUGUCAGACACACGGAGAUGGCCACCGACUCUCCGCUUCCCAGCGACGCUGAGCAACCUCCGCCUACCUGCUUUUUUCUGCAUGAGGACAGUGAAACUGUGUGGCUUCAUAAGCCAACGUACGACAGUGCUGAGUCACGAUACUACGCAGCCGAGGCUCUGAAAAUGUCAGGAACGGGAGAGAGCACGGGGAUGCAGGAACCCGCAGUAGUAGAACCCUCCCAACCAGCUGCUUAUCCUCCGAGCGUACCUGCGCCAGAAACGAAAAAAAUGGCAGUUGACUACUUUCUCCAUGACAAGGUCUGGUUUGAGAAAUACAAGUAUGAUGAUGCUGAGAGAAGAUACUACGAGCAGAUGAACGGGCCUGUGGGCAGCUCUUCACACCAGCAGGAGAACGGAGCCAGCACGAUCCUACGCGACAUUGCCAGAGCCAGGGAGAAUAUCCAGAAAUCGCUGGCCGGAAGUGCAAGCACAACCUCUUCCGCGUCUGCCGGUGACCAGAAUGAACUCCUUUCCAGAAUUUCUCACCUGGAGGUAGAAAAUCAAAACCUUCGCAGUGUUGUUGCAGACCUUCAGAUGGCCAUCUUCAAGUUAGAAAGCCGCCUGAACGCUCUGGAAAAGUCAUCUACCUCCCACCAGCCCUCACCGGUUCCUCCAACCCAGAAAGUGGAACCGUUCAGCGUUCCCUCCAAGAAAGUGGAGCUCCCAUCUGCUUCACCGGCAAAGAAAGUUGAGCCAGCUGCCGCAGAGGAAGAUGACGAUGAUGACAUUGACCUUUUUGGUAGUGACGACGAAGAGGAAGACCAAGAGGCUGCCAAAGUCCGGGAGGAGAGACUGCGUCAGUAUGCAGAGAAGAAGGCCAAGAAACCGGGUCUCAUUGCCAAGUCUUCUAUCCUUCUGGAUGUGAAACCGUGGGACGAUGAGACCGACAUGGCGAAGAUGGAGGAGUGCGUCCGGUCCGUCCACCUGGAGGGGUUGGUGUGGGGAGCCUCCAAACUGGUCCCGGUAGGCUACGGCAUUAAGAAGCUCCAAAUCCAGUGCGUCGUGGAGGACGACAAAGUUGGGACGGACAUCCUGGAGGAGGAGAUCACCAAGUUUGAAGACUACGUGCAGAGCGUCGACAUCGCUGCUUUCAACAAGAUCUAGAAGCAAAA